CCUAGGAGGAGUCCUAGCCAAACUGGCAGGAAUUUCUUGCUUGGAGCUCAGACAACAAAGACAGAGUGUGGCUGGGUUUCUCUCUCUUAGCAUCUCCACCCUGCGAGCUGAAAAACCGCUUCACACCUCUAGGGCUCACCGAGCUAUGGAACUUGAUUUUGGACACUUUGACGAAAGAGAUAAGGCGUCCAGAAACAUGCGAGGCUCCCGUAUGAAUGGCCUGCCUAGCCCCACUCACAGUGCCCACUGUAGCUUCUACCGGACCAGGACCUUGCAAGCGCUGAGCAAUGAGAAGAAAGCCAAGAAGGUGCGCUUCUACCGCAACGGGGACCGCUACUUCAAGGGGAUUGUGUACGCUGUUUCCGGAGACCGCUUCCGAAGCUUUGACGCCUUGCUUGCUGACCUGACUCGGUCUCUGUCUGAUAACAUUAACCUGCCUCAGGGAGUUCGCUACAUUUACACCAUCGAUGGCACCAGAAAGAUUGGGAGCAUGGAUGAGCUGGAAGAAGGGGAAAGUUACGUAUGUUCAUCUGACAACUUUUUUAAGAAAGUGGAGUAUACCAAGAAUGUCAACCCCAACUGGUCUGUCAACGUGAAAACCUCCGCCAACAUGAAAGCGCCUCAGUCCCUGGCCAGUAGCAACAGUGGCCAGGCCAGGGAGAACAAGGAUUUCGUGCGCCCCAAGCUGGUGACCAUCAUUCGGAGUGGGGUGAAACCCAGGAAGGCUGUCCGUGUGCUGCUGAAUAAGAAGACGGCACAUUCCUUUGAGCAAGUUCUCACCGAUAUCACAGAAGCCAUAAAGCUGGAAACAGGAGUCGUCAAAAAGCUGUACACGCUGGAUGGAAAGCAGGUGACCUGUCUCCACGAUUUCUUCGGUGACGAUGAUGUGUUUAUUGCCUGUGGUCCAGAGAAAUUCCGCUAUGCACAGGAUGACUUUUCUCUGGAUGAAAAUGAGUGCCGGGUAAUGAAAAGCAACCCUCCAACUACUCCAGGCAGCAAGUCCUCCCCAACACCUCAGAAGAGCUCUGCAAAGAGUCCAGCUCCUGUGCGCCGGAGCAAAUCCCCAGCUGAUUCAGGUAACCAUCAGGAUGCCAAUGGAACAUCAAGCAGCCAACUGUCCACACCCAAAUCGAAGCAGUCUCCAAUCUCCACACCCACCAGCCCAGGGAGCCUCCGUAAGCACAAGGUAGACUUGUACCUGCCUCUAUCCUUGGACGACUCUGAUUCCCUUGGAGACUCCAUGUAAAGAAGCCCCCUUCCCUGUGUCCACACUCCAUUUUAGAUAUAGCACCACACUUCUGCCAAAAGGAGCAGAGAGGUCACUGGUGCAAAUCCAAGGAUACAAAAGUUAUGUCUUUUCUUUUCCUUUCCUAUAUUUCUCCUCUGUGCCACAAAACCAACACCUAUGAAUCCACAGAGAUAAAGGGAUACCGAUCAUCUGAGUAACUUCAUAGGAAAGAUAAGUGGCCAUUAUUGGCAGCUUGAAGUCAGAAGGCUUGAAUCCUCAUGCUCUUCUCACACAUUUUAGCCCAAGUGUUUCCUUUUCUUAAAAAACCCCCCCUAUAAUGUACUGGCUUUUUUUAUUUGGCUGCCGGUCAGGUGACAACUUUCUUUUGCAAAUGUUCCAUUAGCAACUCUGUCCAAAGCCCAAGAGUGGAAACAGGUCUAUCCACCAGCACCUCCCUCCCCCCCCCAAAUACCAAU